GCUGAUUCUUGUUGAUGAAAAUUAAUUUCUUGCAUUUAAAAAAAAAUAAUCAAAAAUAAUGUUUUUAUUCGAUUGGUCACGCUCAAACAAACGCAUCGAAUGUUUAUUCGGCUACUACCUCUGCGCAUACGAUUGUGCUCAUUACACUUGUCAUGUUAUCGAGAAAGAAUUUAAUGAAAAUGAGGAAUUUACAUUUGUUGGGCAACAUUUGCAUGGCAAAACAAAUAAUGACGUCACUCAAGUCAAAUUAAUCAAUUGCAAAAUGUCAAAAAUUCCUAAGAAUUUAGCGGAAAAGUUUAUAAAUUUAAAGUUUUUGCACAUUGAAGGUUCUGAGAUGAUUAAAAUCAAUUAUUUUGAUUUAUCGUAUUAUCAAUUUUUGGAGGGAUUUACAAGCAUUAACAAUGACCUGAUAUAUCUUCCGGAUGACUUGUUUAAAGAUUUUAAAAAAUUAAAACUAAUUUAUUUUAUAGAAAGAAAAUUUGAGUUUAUCGAGCCGGAUAUUUUGACUGGACUUAACAGCUUGAUGUAUGUGACAUUUUACGACACAAAAUACUACACAUUUGUAAACAUUCAAGUGAGCAAUCCUUUUCAGGCACAAAGCAUUAAUCGAAAUCUUCACGAUGUUUUCUACAGAAAAUUUGAUUCUUUGAGAGAAUUGAGAAUUUCUGAGGAGCGUUUGAGGGUGUCAAAUGUAGAUUUACGCGUUUCCCAAGCUGAAUUAGAAUUUCAACAUUCUUCAUUUUAUAAAACUUCAAUAAAUGUGGAGAAAGCUAUGCUGAAAAGAAUUGAUGAGUUAAAGCUAGAAAAUUCAGAACUUGAGAAAGAAAAUGAAGAACUUGAAAGUUCAAUUUCUGAUCUAAAACAGCAAAUAAAAAACUUAAACACCACAGAAAUUGCAUUAAAUCAUCAAAUUCAUCAAUUAAAAACUGUUAAUGGAACUUAUAAAAAAGACAACAGUCAACUGAAGCAAUCCAACAACAAUCUACAAAGUCAACUUCAAAAGCUUAAAAAUGCUGACGAAAAUUUCCAAAAAUCUGAAAAUAAUUUAAAAAGUGAACUUGACAAAAUAAAAGCAGAUAAAAUUAAACUUAAUCAGGAGGUUCAAAGUGCCAAAGAUUUGCAAUCUAAUUUGAUGAUCAAAAUUAAGCAGCUCGAGAACUCUGGAAAGAGCCUCAAAGAUGAAUGCCAGCGUUUGAAAGCUUCUAAUUCUGGAUACGAACAAGCUCAACAGCUAUCAAAGUCUUUACAAUCUGAUUUAAAUAAGCAAGUUCAGCAACUUCAAAUAAACAAUAAAAAUCUUAAAAAAGAAAAUCAAGAAUUAAAAAAAGUAAAUUCAAAUUUGGAAAAUGAAAAGCCUGUCAUCAGAACUACAGACUGGAUUAAUAAUGGAUUUUUCGACUUAUAUUAAAGAUGAAUCUACAAAAGACUUACAGAUUCAGAUUCAUGACCGAACGUUUAAGGUCCACAAAUUCAUGUUAAUGGCCCGCUGCCCAACUCUGGCUGAAAUCCUUAAAAACAACCCUGAAAUUGAGAAUCUAAAUUUAGUCGACAU